UAUAUUGAUUUCACGGUCAGACAUAUAUAAUCAAAUAUACACUAGUGGUGGCAUAAAACUGAUGUUAAUAGCUAUAUGGACUGGAAGUUUUUUGAUGCUAUUACCACCUUUGUUGGGAAUUUGGGGCACCUUAGGAUUGGAUCCAGCCACUUUUUCGUGUACCAUAUUGAAGAAAAAUGGUUCCAGCCCGAAGAAAUUUCUAUUUGUUGUAGGUUUUAUCGUGCCUUGUGUAGUAAUUAGUGUUUCAUAUAUCUGUAUAUAUUGGCGCGUCCGAAGAAGUCGAAAAAAUCUAAAGUCACAUGCGCCAGAAAGACAACAAAGCGGUGGCUUUCAACGAAGGGAAGAUUUCAGAGUGACAAAACUAAUGCUUAUUAUAUUUUUGUGCUUUCUGAUUUCUUUUAUGCCAUUGAUGUUAAUGAAUGUGAUUGAUGACAAAAUGAAGAUUCCGAUACUUCACGUAGUAGCAUCCAUACUUUCUUGGGCUUCUGCGGUGAUAAACCCUUUUAUUUAUGCCGGCACCAAUAAACUAUACAGAGAAGCGUAUAAACAGAUUUUGUGUGCUACUUCAAACAAAACGAUUAUGAUCGCUUCUAAACCGGUACAUUCUCAUUCGAGUAAAAUUUCAACACCCAAUACGAUAUAAGAAUAAGUUUUAUUUCGAGGUAUUUUAUUUGUCUUAAAUGUGUAACUUGAAUAAAACUAAUAAAAUACUGAUAUAUAGUAAAAACAUAUUAUCCUUUCUUUCUUUUAUAACAAAGUAAAUAUUUUGUAAGUGGAAUAGAAUAAAAUAUUGCUAUCUUUCCUAGGAGGAACAAUUGUACAUUUUUCACUAUUACAAUUAUUUUUUACACCUACCUUAUAUUAACUUAAAAUCUACCGCAUCUAGAUAACCAAAUCUGUCGAAACAGAUUUUGCCAAAUGUUUGUUAUAAGUUUUGUUAGCAGAAAGACAUCAAAUAUGAUGCAGAGUUUGUUUUAUCAAGCAAUGUUGCAAACUUGCUAGCAAAAAUAUAUCCAAGCUUGUUGACACAACAUAACAGCAAAUUACUGGCAAAAACCGUGCAAAGCUUGCACAUAAUUUGAGACCAAAUUGACGCCAAAUAUGAAGCAAGAUCUGCGCAACACGACUUGAUAGCAAAAUUAUAGAAAAACCGGGCAAGACUUGCAGUUCAGUCAAACUAUAGUAUUUAAAGGGCCAUAAUUAUAUCUUGACUUAUUUCUAAAUUAUUUAUGUACACACUAUUUAUAAUUCAUAAUAUACAUAAAAUUACUUUUACAUU